AUGCUACAGAAGCUGGGAGCGGUGUCAGACGACCCAGCGGUGCUCACUCGCACCUACCUCAGCCCUGCCCAUCGCCAGGCCGCCCAGCUGCUCAAGGCCUGGAUGCAGGCGGCCGGCAUGGACAGCUGGGUGGACGCCAUCGGGAACGUGCACGGCCGCGUGGAGGGCUCCCUCCCCGGCCCCGCCACCUUCACCGGCUCCCACUACGACACGGUGGUGGAUGGCGGGAAGUACGACGGCGCGCUGGGCAUCAUCGCCGGCAUUGCGGCCGUGAAGGCCCUUGUGCUGGAGGCCGCGGUGGCGCGGGGCGCGCUCACGCGGGAAGAAGCUGCUCGGUUGCCCGUGGACCCUGCUCUGGGCACGACGGCGCUGCCUACCACCUUGAAUGCCAGCGCGCUUCUCCGUCGCAGCUUGCGCGUCGUGGGCUUCGCGGACGAGGAGGGCGUGCGCUUCCAGUCCACCUACCUGGGCUCGCGCGCGCUGGCGGGCAGCCUGGCGGCCUCGGGCGCGCUGGACGCGCGCGACGGCGCGGGUGUCACGCUGCGGGAGGCGCUGGCGGCCGAGGGCGCGGGCGACGAGGCCGCGCUGCGCGCGCUGGGCGUCGUGCCGAGCGCCGCUCGGGCCUACGUGGAGGUGCACAUGGAGCAGGGGCCGGUGCUGGAGGCUGCCAACUCACGCCUGGCAGCCGUGUCGGGCAUCGCAGGCCAGGCGCGGCUGGCCAUGCGCCUUGCUGGAAGCCAGGGUCACGCAGGGACGGUGCCCAUGGCCCUGCGCCGCGACCCGCUCCCGGGCGCGGCCGAGGUGGUGCUGGCGCUGGAGCGCCUCUGUGCGCCGGGGGAAGACGGAGCCGGCACGGGCCUGGUGUGCACGGUCGGCACGCUGGCGCUCUGGCCGGGAGCCAGCAACGUCAUCCCGGGGCGAGUUUUGGAGGGAUCCGUCCAGCUCAGCAUGGACAUCCGGAGCCGGUCCGACUCGGAGCGCGAGGCCAAGGUGCGCGAGUCGGUGGCGGCGCUGGAGGGCGUCUGCGCCCGCCGCCGGCUGGACUGCGAGUGGGAGCUGCGGCACCAGGCCCCCGCCGUGCUGGCCGACGAGGGCGUGACCCAGGCCCUGAUGGCCGCCGUGGCGGCCAGCGCCGGCCUGACGGACGCCAUCCUGGCCGAAGGUCUCGCACCAAACACACCGGCAAACGCAGACGGCGAGGGUGCCGAUGAGGAGCCCAGCCACGGGUCGCCCCCGGCCGCCCACGCUCCAGCCGACGGCGGCGGCGCAGCCUUCGCUGCCGCCGUGGCCGGCCCGCUGGUCAGUGGAGCAGGGCACGACGCCGCGGAGAUGGCACGCCUGACGCGCAUGGGCAUGCUGUUCGUGCGGUGCCGCGCCGGGGUGAGUCAUAGCCCGCUGGAGUACGUCGCGCCGGACGAUGUGGCCGCCGCGACGGCGGCGCUGCAUGCCUACCUGGCCGGCGAGGAGGCCGCGUGA